GGCCAGGAAGUGACAUGGCCGCCUCCUUAUACGGAGGUCCCUCGCUUCUCUCCGGUGACUUGUAGGUUAAAGUAGUUUUGCGUUUUUCCUCGCAAAGUUUCGCCAGCGCGUUCCCGCUCAGCGCCCCGCGGAGCUCAGCAUGGGCACCGUCCAUGCCAGGAGCCUGGACCCCAUGCCCAUGCAGGGCCCAGAGUUGGGGGUUCAAGCUGAUGAUAUUGAAGCUCCAGGAGUUCAACAGGAGCCAAAGCAAGAAGUUCUUGAAAACAAAGAUGUUGUAGUUCAGCAGGUGCACAUAGAUGGUCUUGGAAGAACUAAGGAGGACCUGCUGACCUAUGAAAUCGCUGAAGUCUUUCGGGCCAAGAAUUUGAUUGAUGUGAUGCGUAGGUCCCAUGAAGCCCGACAGAGACUGCUGCGUCUCGGCAUCUUCAGAAAGGUUGAGGUCAUCAUAGACACCGCACGAGGUGAACAUGCUCUUCCAAAUGGCCUUGAUGUCACCUUUGAGGUCACCGAGCUGAGACGCUUGACAGGCAGCUACAACACCAUGGUUGGAAAUAAUGAAGGAAGCAUGGUACUUGGUUUAAAGUUACCCAAUGCACUAGGUCGGGCAGAAAAAAUGACAUUCCAGUUUUCCUAUGGAACCAAAGAAACAUCCUAUGGCCUGUCUUUCUUUAAACCACAACCUGGACACUUUGAGCGCAAUUUCUCCAUCAAUGCAUACAAAGUGACAGGCCAGUUUCCUUGGAGCUCAUUGAGAGAGACGGAUCGAGGAAUUUCUACAGAAAUAAGUUUCCCUGUGUGGAAAACCAACCAAACCUUGAAGUGGGAAGGAGUAUGGAGAGAGCUGGGCUGCCUUGCUAACACUGCUUCCUUUGCUGUCCGUGAGGAGAGCGGUCAUUCCCUCAAGUCCUCCCUUUCGCAUGCAAUGGUCAUUGACACCAGAAACUCCUCCAUCCUUCCAAAAAAAGGGGGCUUACUGAAGAUCCAUCAGGAGCUUGCUGGUUUCACUGGAGGAGAUGCUUGUUUCCUAAAGGAGGAUUUUGAGAUCCAACUCAACAAAAAACUCUUCUGGGACUCAGUUCUUUCUGCCUCAUUGUGGGGUGGCCUGCUGCUACCUCUUGGUGUCGAGAAGACGAGCAUAGCAGACAGGUUUUAUCUUGGUGGUCCUACCAGUAUCAGGGGGUUCAGUAUGUACAGUAUGGGCCCACAGAGUGAUGGAGAUUAUUUGGGAGGAGAGGCCUACUGGGCUGGAGGCCUCCACCUCUACACACCUCUUCCCUUCAGACCUGGCAGGGGAGGCUUUGGUGAUCUGUUUAGAACCCACUUCUUCCUGAACGCUGGAAACCUUUGUAACCUCAAUUAUGGUGAGGGGCCACAAGCACAUUUGAAGAAACUUGCAGAAUGCCUCCGCUGGUCAUAUGGACUGGGCAUUGUGCUGCGUUUGGGAAACAUUGCCAGACUGGAGCUGAAUUACUGCAUUCCCAUGGGAGUCCAGAGUGGCGACAGGAUUUGUGACGGGGUCCAGUUCGGUGCAGGAAUCCGAUUCUUGUGAAACUGCUCUCGACUUACCCAAUGCAUCGAAAAGAGAAACUGAUUUGUACAGUACUAUUGUUGAAAUAAAUUAGUUAAAUAAAAUUAUUUUAUCUGGCUGUCAAA